AUGAUGGCCCCUUUACCAGCUUCACGAGUCACACCUUCCCGCGCCUUUGGCCGCACGGGAGUCGACUACGCCGGGCCUUUUUCAGUACUUGCGUCAAAAGGACGAGGCAUACGCACUACGAAGGGUUACAUCGCCGUCUUCGUGUGCAUGACGACAAAGGCCCUACACCUCGAGCUCGUCGGUGAUCUCUCCACAGCCGCCUUCCUGGGCGCUCUCGCUCGGUUCACCGUUCGUCGCGGUCGACCCUCUGAACUCUGGAGUGACAAUGCCACUUGCUUUUGCCGCGCUGAUCUGGAGCUGCGGGAGGCGUUACAAGUUGCGGAGAUCGACUGGGACCUCGUUGCCGGCUCUCUCGCUUCGCAAGGUAUUGCUUGGCACUUCAUCCCCCCUGGAGCUCCACAUUUCGGCGGACUCUGGGAAGCCGCCGUCAAGUCAGUCAAAGGCCACCUCCGACACGUAAUGGGCUCCCGUCACCUGACCUACGAGGAAUUCUCCACCGUACUAGUUGGGAUUGAGAUGGUGCUCAACGGAAGGCCCUUGACACCGCUUUCCGGCGACUCUUCUGACCUUGAGAGGCUGAAGUGGAGCGUUGCUCGCCGAAGUUUUGCUGUCGGCGACUUCGUCAUGCUACUGGACGCCACCCUCCUCCAAUCGAGCGGUCGUUGGCCGCUAGGUCGCAUCAUUCGCGCCCAGCCUGGUCCUGAUGGAUUGGUGCGCGCGGUCACCGUGAAGACAGCGACUGGCGAGUACGUGCGACCGAUUGUCAAACUGGCCUUAUUCCCCGUAGCGAACCCCGGUCCACCAACGCCACCCCCUGAUGGUCAAGAAAGCCGACCCGCCUUGGCGGGCGGCGACUAG